AUGGGUGUCACCGAUUUCAGUGACCCGGCUGCCAAUGCCCCCGACGCAGCUGCCUAUGAAAAGGGCAAGGGCAAGGCUGCUGACGCGCACGAAGACGUGAACAUGGGCGAGGAGGAUGAAGAUGAGGACAGCUCUGAAGAGGAUGAGGACGAGAUGGGUCACGAUGACGAAGACGAAGACGAAGGAGACAACCUCGAACCCAUCUCUGCCGACAACAUCAUCAACGGCGGCCGUCGCACACGCGGCAAGCGUAUCGAUUUUGCCGAAGCCGCCGAAAAGGCCAAGGCUGCCGGCGAGGAUCCCAUGGACGACGAGGACGAUGACGACGAGGACUUCCACGGCGAGGAGAACGAUGCCGAUCACAUGCAGGAGUAA